UCCACACCAGCAUGGCCCUGCUCGUCCACCUCAAGACGGUCUCGGAGCUGCGGGGCAAGGGCGACAGGAUCGCCAAAGUGACUUUCCGAGGGCAAUCCUUCUACUCCCGGGUCCUGGAGAACUGUGAGGAUGUGGCUGACUUCGAUGAGACCUUCCAGUGGCCAGUGGCCAGCAGCAUCGACAACAAUGAGAUCCUCGAGAUUCAGAUCUUCAACUACAGCAAGGUCUUCAGCAACAAGCUCAUUGGGACCUUCCGCAUGGUGCUGCAGAAGGUGGUGGAGGAGAACCAUGUGGAGGUGACCGACACGCUGAUUGACGACAACAAUGCUCUCCUGAAGACCAGCCUGUGCGUGGAGGUCCGGUACCAGGCCUCGGACGGCACAGUGGGCUCCUGGGAUGACGGGGACUUCCUGGGAGACGAGUCCCUUCAGGAGGAAGAGAAGGACAGCCAGGAGACAGACGGGCUGCUCCCCGGCUCCCGUCCCAGCUCUCGGACGCCGGGGGAGAAGAGCUUCCGGAGAGCCGGGAGGAGCGUGUUCUCCGCCAUGAAGCUCGGGAAGAACCGGCUCCACAAGGAGGAAACCCAAAGACAAGAUGAGCCAGCAGUGCUGGAGAUGGGGGACUUUGACCGCCUGGCCACGCGGCUGGCAGAGGGGAUGGACCCGGACUGCAUGUCUCUGGCCUCUGUCACGGCUCUCACCACCAACGUCUCCAACAAGCGAUCCAAGCCAGACAUCAAGAUGGAGCCGAGCGCCGGGCGGCCCAUGGAUUACCAGGUCAGCAUCACCGUCAUCGAGGCUCGGCAGCUGGUGGGCCUGAACAUGGACCCCGUGGUGUGCGUGGAGGUGGGUGACGACAAGAAGUACACCUCCAUGAAGGAGUCCACUAACUGCCCCUACUACAAUGAGUACUUCGUCUUCGACUUCCACGUCUCUCCUGACGUCAUGUUCGACAAGAUCAUCAAGAUCUCGGUGAUCCACUCCAAGAACCUGCUGCGCAGCGGCACCCUGGUGGGCUCCUUCAAAAUGGACGUGGGAACCGUGUACUCCCAGCCUGAGCACCAGUUCCACCACAAGUGGGCCAUCCUGUCCGACCCCGACGACAUCUCCGCUGGGCUGAAGGGCUACGUGAAGUGUGACGUCGCAGUGGUGGGCAAGGGAGACAACAUCAAGACGCCCCACAAGGCCAACGAGACGGAAGAGGAAGACAUUGAAGGGAACUUGCUGCUCCCCGAGGGCGUGCCUGCCGAACGCCAGUGGGCCCGGUUCUACGUGAAGAUCUACCGAGCAGAGGGGCUGCCCCGGAUGAACACAAGCCUCAUGGCCAACGUGAAGAAGGCCUUCAUUGGGGAGAACAAGGACCUGGUUGACCCCUACGUGCAAGUCUUCUUUGCCGGCCAGAAGGGCAAGACUUCAGUGCAGAAAAGCAGCUACGAGCCGCUGUGGAACGAGCAGGUCGUCUUCACGGACCUGUUCCCCCCGCUCUGCAAACGCAUGAAGGUGCAGAUCCGGGACUCGGACAAGGUCAACGACGUGGCCAUCGGCACCCACUUCAUUGACCUGCGCAAGAUUUCCAAUGAUGGAGACAAAGGCUUCCUGCCCACGCUGGGCCCGGCCUGGGUGAACAUGUACGGCUCCACGCGCAACUACACGCUGCUGGACGAGCACCAGGACCUGAACGAGGGCCUGGGUGAGGGCGUGUCCUUCCGCGCCCGCCUCAUGCUGGGCCUGGCCGUGGAGAUCCUGGACACCUCCAACCCCGAGCUCACCAGCUCCACGGAGGUGCAGGUGGAGCAGGCCACGCCCGUCUCAGAGAGUUGCACGGGGAAAAUAGAAGAAUUCUUUCUAUUUGGAGCCUUCCUGGAAGCCUCAAUGAUUGACCGGAAAAACGGAGACAAGCCAGUUACCUUUGAGGUCACCAUAGGAAACUAUGGGAACGAGAUUGAUGGCCUGUCCCGACCCCAGCGGCCUCGACCUCGGAAGGAGCCCGGGGCCGAGGAGGAAGUGGAUCUGAUCCAGAACUCCAGCGACGACGAGACGGAGGAGGGUGGGGACCUGGCCUCCAUCUCCUCCACCCCACCCAUGCGGCCCCAGGUCACUGACAGGAACUACUUCCACCUGCCCUACCUGGAGCAAAAGCCCUGCAUCUACAUCAAGAGCUGGUGGCCCGACCAGCGCCGCCGCCUCUACAAUGCCAACAUCAUGGACCACAUUGCAGACAAGCUGGAAGAAGGCCUGAACGACGUGCAGGAGAUGAUCAAAACCGAGAAGUCCUACCCAGAGCGCCGGCUGCGGGGCGUCCUGGAGGAGCUCAGCAGUGGCUGCCACCGCUUCCUCUCCCUCGCUGACAAGGACCAGGGUCACUUGUCCCGCACCAGGCUGGACCGGGAGCGCCUCAAGUCGUGCAUGCGGGAGCUGGAGAGCAUGGGGCAGCAGGCGAAGACCUUGCGGGCUCAGGUGAAGCGACACACGGUGCGGGACAAGCUGAGGCUGUGCCAGAACUUCCUGCAGAAGCUGCGCUUCCUGGCAGACGAGCCCCAGCACAGCAUCCCCGACGUCUUCAUCUGGAUGAUGAGCAACAACAAACGCAUUGCCUACGCCCGGGUGCCCUCCAAAGACCUGCUCUUCUCCAUCGUGGAGGAGGAGCUGGGCAAAGACUGCGCCAAGGUCAAGACGCUCUUCCUCAAGCUGCCGGGGAAGCGGGGCCUCGGCUCCAUGGGCUGGACGGUGCAGGCCAAGCUGGAGCUCUACCUGUGGCUGGGCCUCAGCAAGCAGCGCAAGGACUUCCUGUGCGGCCUGCCCUGCGGCUUCGAGGAGGUCAAGGCGGCCCAGGGUCUGGGCCUGCACUCCUUCCCACCCAUCAGCCUGGUCUACACCAAGAAGCAGGUGUUCCAGCUCCGGGCCCACAUGUACCAGGCACGCAGCCUCUUCGCCGCGGACAGCAGUGGCCUCUCGGACCCUUUCGCUCGGGUCUUCUUCAUCAACCAGAGUCAGUGCACAGAGGUGCUGAAUGAGACCCUGUGCCCCACCUGGGACCAAAUGCUGGUGUUCGACAACCUGGAGCUGUACGGGGAAGCUCAGGAGCUGCGGGACGAUCCCCCCAUCAUCGUCAUUGAAAUCUACGACCAGGACACCAUGGGCAAGUUCGACUUCAUGGGCCGGACCUUCGCCAAGCCCGUGGUGAAGAUGGCCGACGAGGCGUACUGCCCGCCCCGCUUCCCGCCCCAGCUCGAGUACUACCAGAUCUACCGAGGCAACUCCACGGCCGGGGACCUUCUGGCCGCCUUCGAGCUCCUGCAGAUCGGCCCGGCAGGGAAGGCCGACCUGCCGCCCAUCGACGGCCCGGUGGAUGUGGAUCGAGGCCCCAUCAUGCCUGUGCCCAUGGGCAUCCGGCCCGUGCUCAGCAAAUACCGAAUCGAGGUGCUGUUCUGGGGCCUGCGGGACCUGAAACGGGUGAACCUGGCCCAGGUGGACCGGCCGAGGGUGGACAUCGAGUGUGCGGGGAAGGGGGUACAGUCAUCCAUGAUCCACAACUACAAGAAGAACCCCAACUUCGGCACCCUCGUGAAGUGGUUUGAAGUGGACCUCCCGGAGAAUGAGCUACUGCACCCGCCCUUGAACAUCCGCGUGGUGGACUGCCGGGCCUUUGGCCGCUACACCCUGGUGGGCUCCCACGCCGUUAACUCCCUGCGGCGCUUCAUCUACCGGCCCCCAGACCACUCGAGUGCCAACUGGAACACCACCGUAAGACUCCUCCGGGGCUGCCGUGUGCUGUGCAAUGGGGGCCCUUCCUCUCACCCUGCAGGGGAGGUCGUGGUGAACAUGGAGCCGGAGGUACCCGUCAAGAAGCUGGAGACCAUGGUGAAGCUGGAUGCGACUUCUGAUGCUGUCAUCAAGGUGGAUGUGGCUGACGAGGAGAAGGAGAAGAAGAAAAAGAAGAAGAAGGGCAACUCGGAAGAGCCAGAGGAAGAUGAGCCGGACGAGAGCAUGCUGGAUUGGUGGUCCAAGUACUUUGCCUCCAUUGACACCAUGAAGGAGCAACUUCGACAGCAAGAUACCUCAGGAAUGGACUUGGAGGAGAAGGAGGAGCUGGACAACCCUGAGGGCGUGAGGGGGCUGGCGAAGGGCAAGGAGAAGGCGAAGGCUGCAAAGGAUGAGAAGAAGAAGAGAACGCAGAGCCCCGGCCCCGGCCAGGGGUCUGAAGCCCCCGAGAAGAAGAAAUCUAAGAUCGAUGAGCUCAAGGUGUACCCCAGGGAGCUCGAGUCAGACUUCGACAACUUCGAGGACUGGCUGCACACCUUCAACCUGCUUCGGGGCAAGACGGGGGAUGACGAAGACGGCUCCAGCGAGGAGGAGCGCAUCGUGGGCCGGUUCAAGGGCUCCCUCUGCAUGUACAAAGUGCCGCUCCCAGAGGACGUGUCCCGGGAAGCCGGCUACGACCCCAGCUGCGGCAUGUUCCAGGGCAUCCCCAGCAACGAGCCCAUCAACGUGCUGGUCCGCGUCUACGUGGUCCGGGCCACAGACCUGCACCCCGCAGACAUCAACGGCAAAGCAGACCCCUACAUCGCCAUCCGGCUGGGCAAGACUGACAUCCGGGACAAGGAGAACUACAUCUCCAAGCAGCUCAACCCUGUCUUUGGGAAGUCCUUUGACAUCGAGGCGUCCUUCCCCAUGGAAUCCAUGCUGACAGUCUCCGUGUAUGACUGGGACCUGGUGGGCACCGAUGACCUCAUCGGGGAAACCAAGAUUGACCUGGAGAACCGCUUCUACAGCAAGCACCGUGCCACCUGCGGCAUUGCCCAGACCUACUCCAUACACGGCUACAAUAUCUGGAGGGACCCCAUGAAGCCCAGCCAGAUCCUGACCCGCCUCUGCAAGGAGGGCAAGGUGGACGGCCCGCACUUCGGGCCCCCUGGGAGGGUGAAGGUGUCCAACCGCGUCUUCACAGGGCCCUCUGAGAUGGAGGACGAGAACGGUCAGAGGCGGCCCACGGAUGAGCACGUGGCGCUGUGCGCCCUGCGGCACUGGGAGGACAUCCCCCGAGUGGGCUGCCGCCUGGUGCCGGAGCACGUGGAGACCCGGCCGCUGCUCAACCCUGACAAGCCGGGCAUCGAGCAGGGCCGCCUGGAGCUGUGGGUGGACAUGUUCCCCAUGGACAUGCCGGCCCCGGGGACGCCUCUGGACAUCUCCCCGAGGAAGCCCAAGAAGUAUGAGCUACGGGUCAUCGUGUGGAACACGGACGAGGUGGUCCUGGAGGACGACGACUUCUUCACCGGAGAGAAGUCCAGUGACAUCUUUGUGCGGGGGUGGCUGAAGGGCCAGCAGGAGGACAAGCAGGACACGGACGUCCACUACCACUCCCUGACCGGGGAGGGCAACUUCAACUGGCGCUACAUCUUCCCCUUCGACUACCUGGCUGCCGAGGAGAAGAUCGUCAUCUCCAAAAAGGAGUCCAUGUUCUCCUGGGACGAGACCGAGUACAAGAUCCCAGCGCGGCUCACGCUGCAGAUCUGGGACGCGGACCACUUCUCCGCCGACGACUUCCUGGGGGCCAUCGAGCUGGACCUGAACCGGUUCCCGCGGGGCGCGAAGACGGCCAAGCAGUGCACCAUGGAGAUGGCCACGGGGGAGAUGGACGUGCCCCUGGUUUCCAUCUUCAAGCAGAAGCGUGUCAAAGGCUGGUGGCCUCUCCUGGCCCGCGACGAGAAUGACGAGUUUGAGCUCACGGGCAAGGUGGAGGCAGAGCUGCAUCUACUGACGGCCGAGGAGGCGGAGAAGAAUCCAGUGGGCCUUGCCCGCAAUGAACCGGACCCCCUCGAGAAGCCCAACCGGCCUGACACCGCCUUCGUCUGGUUCCUCAACCCCCUCAAGUCCAUCAAGUACCUCAUCUGCACGCGCUACAAGUGGCUCAUCAUCAAGAUCGUGCUGGCCCUGCUGGCACUGCUCAUGCUGGGCCUCUUCCUCUACAGCCUCCCCGGCUACAUGGUCAAGAAGCUCCUGGGGGCGUGAGCUCCCCGCAGCCUCCCCGCAGCUCCUCUCCUGGGCCCGCGUGUGUGCCCCUUCCCUGGUGUGGACUUCCCAGACUCCCUGGGGAGGGGCCUGAGGAGCCCUGUGUCCACCCUCAGGCCUCAGGUCUAGGAGUCCACCUCCUGCUUGUUGGGCUGGUGACGGGGCCGCCCUCUCCUCCCCAGGCCUGCAGCUGGCCUGGUCCUUCC